ACACCAUUAUCUGUUUUCUUUUACUAGAAAGAAGCAAGACAUGGAUUCUGCAACAACAAAACCUACCACUAAAGCAGAGACCGAUGUUAUCAUUUUAGAAGAUUACCAGUCUAUAGAACCUGAACCUGAACCAGAGAAAUCUAAACAGGAGAUGCCAAAAAGAGAAACUCGCCAGUCCGUGAAAAACACUGAAGCACCUGCUGGAGGCAGCACGACCUUUGAUGAGAAAAAGACUGACACACCCGACAUAGACGGCACGACCUUCGACAUGAUUGCAUGUGGGGAGCCCAAGUAUUAUGCGAAAGAAGUACUUUCAGCAGCUUUGAAAGGUCUUAUCGAUAAAAAGAAAGAUGAUUUAAAACCAGAUGUUAAAAAAUUAAUUUGUGACAUUGAAAGUCUUGCUGAAAGAAUGCCUGGCUUAGUGGAGAUCCAAGACUCUGCAGCUAGAACAAGGAAAACCAGGUCCCAGCCCAGCGUGACACGUAAUACAACCUAUAGAAGGAUUUCUCCUUAUAUUAUAUCUGCUAGAAAAAGAUUAAUUAUGACAAUAAUUGGUCACUCAGUUGUCUGUGCUUAUGUGUUUAGCUCUGUUGAACAUUUAGGGGAAAAAUGUGCUGAAUGUCAAGAGAACAAAUGCAUACCAGAUGGACACAUUUGUAAUAUAUUGUUCGCUAAACCAUUUAUUGCAUAUAAACAUAGCUUAUUCAUGCUCCAUAGGGCUAGAAAGGAUAGACUUGUGUCCUGUGUGUGUGCUUUGCUAAAAAUGUGUAAUCUUCCUUGUUUUCGUAAAGCUGUCAAGAAUGAUGUGGAUGAUAUUAUAGCUGAAUUUGAGCAGGGAGAGAUACCCAUUGAUGCUUACGCACAACUGAUUCAGCCUGUGAAGACCAGCUUUAUGUGGUCGGCUCUGUUCCAAACUGAGAAAAUAGGCUUGCAUAAUUUAGUGAAAUACAAAUAUAUAAAACAUGUGCUGGCUUAAACAUUUUAUUUUAGGUGUAUUACCGGCUCAUUGAUGGGUUUGGACCUGGUUUGCAAUUUGAUUUGUGUUCUAUUACAUGUAUACAAUUCUUGUGUUUUUGUUUAUUUUCAAAUCAAUUGCUAAUCUGUAUACAAAUACGCUUGUGUGAAUAUUUUACUGCUGUUUCUCCAUGCUUUUAUUCAUACUUUUAAACAAUUUUAAUGUAUAGCACACAGUGUGUAACUCUGAAAGUGAAGACCACGUCUUAUUUUGCUAUGUUUGGAAUUUUGCUUCAAUAAAACUUGUUGUUUUUAAGACA